AUGUCCGAGCCUGUCCUUAUCGUCUCCGAGCACGCGCCCCAAACAUCCCCAGCCCACCCUUCAGAAAUCGCCCCUGCCGCACCAGCUGACGCAAACACCGAGCCCGAGUUUGCCCCAAUCAUCCCGCUGAACAAGGUGUUGAUUACGAAUACGGAUGAGCUCGGGAUCUUCGACCAAUCCCGUAUCCUUGCCUAUUUCAAGCGCCUCAACUCUUUCUCUCAUCUCUACACAAAGGACGAGGUCACGGUGGAGCUCCUUGAGUCCAUCGAGCGCGAGCUGCUUUCCCACGACGAGGUAUCCACCUACUGUCGCCUUUACCACGACGAGCCCGACUCACCCGUCACCCUUGAGCAGUUCGCCGCCACCCUCGAGCACUAUAACCCCGAGAACUUUGUUGGGCAGAUCAUGCCCCGAGUGGAAAACACACGCUUCUACACGGUCGUCAAAACCUUCAUUGAGUGGUCUCACAAGAUUGGCAAAACAAAGAGUGUCCCCGACUUCAUCGCCUCCGCCCACUGGAAGGGGGCCCUCGACACAAGCGACUUUGUCGUGAGUCAGAUCAUCCAGAUCCUUCACCAGUCCCCCUUCGGAACGGACACACCAGUAAAACGCUCGCAACUCCCGACCCACGUGUACGAGUUCCUUAACCGGGUCUGGAAGUUUAUCGCUCAUCAACAAGCAACUACGGAGGCGCAGGUCUCUGACGCCACCAUGACUUGUUAG